AUGGCCGCCGCCGUCGCGCUCCUGGUGGCCCUUCUGCUUUGUUGCUGGGGCAGGUUCCACGGGCAUAAAAAGAUCAGCGGGGACAGGUGUUCUCAUCAUUCUGAAUGCUUCAGUGACUGCUGCCUGAUGGAUUUAACCGCUGGAGGAGCCUUCUGUGCUCCCAAGGCCAGAAAAGCCAUGGCGUGCCUGCCCCAGACCAAGGGAGCCAUGAACAUCAUCUGCCCCUGCAAAAGGGGCUUGAGUUGCUCAUCCAAGGAUGUGAUGUGUCCCCGCCGGUGCCACUUGAUUUAG